AAACAAAAAAAUGUUUAAUUGUAUUAAACAUCACAGAUUUAAUUGAUAUCUCUCUAUCUGUAAUUGUUGAAAGAAAAUGACAAAAGGUGUGUGAAAAAAAAAUAUCAAAUUCCUAGAUACAUACUGCAGGAAGGGUCAGAAAAAGUACGAGCGGGUUUUCGGGUGCAAGGACGAAUAAGGAAAAGCUGACGAAAUGCCACGUGGAAUAAUAGGGAACGUAGGAUGGACAUGCAAUGGGAGAUUCGAAAAAAAAAAACCUUUUUGUUGGAUUUGAUUGAUUGGAAGUGUAAGAGAAAUCGUAGAGAAGUGCCCAGAGAUACAUUUGUUCUUACAUCUUUGUCUUUCUUUACAUUACUCAAGAAAACCCGGAGAUUUAUUUAUUUAUUUAUUUUUAUUUCUUGUUUUGUUAGAAUUUAUACAGAGGGAGAGCUGGUUUUGUCAUAAAUGAGGUGAGGGUGCUGCAGUUCUCAUGGCGGCGUUGCAGGGGCUUUAAUUCCCCCGCAUUAUUGCUUGGAAUUGAAGGGAUGAGAUGAUGAUGAACAACCAAAACCAGCUUUGAAUUUUAAUUUUAUUUUUAUCCUAAAAAGAAAAUAUAUCCAUCUUAAGGAUUUUUAACCUUAAAAGCUGUGACCCAAAGAUCAGAGGAAAGAGGAACAGCCUCUUCUACUUAGAACUGUAGUCAUUCAGGGUUGGGGGUUCGGGAGGAUCGGUCAGAGUCAGGAACAUAGCCCCCCACCAAAAAAAAAAAAAACAAAACAAAAACAAAGAUAGUGUCAAAAACAAAACCCAACAAACACUCACAGGCUAACAGUGGUCUUUAAAAACCUACCAGAAAAAGGUUUUACAGUUGAAACCCAUAAAGGCCCCAGGGAAAAUCCCAACCAGCUCAUCAAACUAGUGAUCUGUGGGUGGGGUGGGGAGGGGGUACUAAUACUAAAUAGGGCGUUUUCUGCUAUGGAUUAUUGGUCUAAAUUGAGAUUUGUUUCAGCUUUUGAGUGUAACAAAUGGCUGGCUUGUUCUAUCUAGGUGGACGAGAAGCAGACACUGGAAAUAAACAAGAAGAAGAUAAAGAAGAGAGCCUGUAUUUGUAUAGGAACGAGGAGAUCUACAACAAGGGUUUUGAGAUAUGGCCGCAGUAUUAUUACCAACAACAACAACAGCAGCAGGAAAACGUGAACACCAUCUCGUUUGGAGCGGGCCCUAGUCGAAUAGCUACUGGGUUUAACUUGUCUGAUGAGCCGUCUUCGAGAUCAGUAGGGUUUACUGUUAUGAAACAUGGGGGCAUGAAUUGCCAAGAUUGUGGAAACCAAGCUAAGAAAGAUUGUGCACAUAUGAGAUGUAGGACUUGUUGUAAAAGUAGAGGGUUUCAGUGCCAAACUCACGUUAAGAGCACUUGGGUCCCUGCUGCUAAAAGGCGAGAGAGGCAACAACAACUCGCAGCUUUGCAGCACCACCAACAACAUGAAGACCAGUUUCGUGGAGAGAACCCCAAAAGGCUGAGAGAGAAUCAAGGUUCUCCGUCUCUUGCCUGCACUCGACUAUCCCCCACUACAUCAGGGUUGGAAUUGGGUCAAUUCCCUCCCGAAGUGAGUUCUCCCGCUGUCUUCCGCUGUGUGAAAGUAAGCGCUAUGGACGAUGAAGAUGAGGAGUUCGCUUAUCAAACGGCGGUGAAUAUAGCAGGGCAUGUAUUCAAAGGGAUUCUUUACGAUCAAGGCCCUGAAAGCCAUUACACCGGUGGCGGUGAAUCCUCUCAGCAACUCAAUCUCAUCACCGCCGCAGUUACCACAGCAGAAACUGCUAGAACCACUACAACCGCCGCCACUUCGAGCAAUGCAGGAACGAGUAUGCUAGACCCUUGUCUUUAUCCAGCUCCACUUAACGCUUUCAUUGCUGGUACGCAAUUCUUCCCACCUCCAAGGUCUUGAUUUACAGGCCUAUUCUCCAAUAGAGAGAGAGAGAGACCCUUCCUUUUUUUAACAAAAACUUCCAUUAGUCAGAAACGACUCUAGAUAUUAUUGAUCUCUAGCUUUCAGUGUUAUUCUUCGUCAUUGUUAAAUGUUGCAUAGAAUUUGAAUGACAUUAGAAAACUGAUCAAGAUUCUGCAUAUGAUAUUGCCCUGUGGAUGUUUAGUCUUGUUCUCAAAUUUCAAUUCAGAUUUUCAGUGUUUGUUUUUUUAUUCGAUCGAUGUAGUAUGUGGAUGUGUGCCCUUUUGGGUGUGAAUUAUUGGUUUUUUUUAUAGAUAA